AUGAGAAAGACUGGAGGUUUCAGGCUCGGACGCAAGUUCGUGAAGGUAGUCAAAUGGAAAACAAAACCCAGAACUUAUCAGAACCAAAACCCAUCAAGCUGUAGGGUAAAAGCUAUGUCGAAGAUCUGCAAUUGGGGUCGGUCUCUGAUGCACGGAGCUAAAGUGCUCUGUUUUUCAAGGUCCAGUCCCGGGUACUUUCGGUUGGAACACGACCCAGUUGAUCCGCACCAGGCGCCGAAGGGGCAAUUGGUGGUGUACGUCGGUGAGAAAGAGGACGAUGCGCAGAGGUAUUUGGUGCCGUUGAUUUACUUCAACCACCCUCUUUUUGGGAGCUUACUGAAAGAAACUGAGAAGGAAUACGGGUUUCAAUACGCUGGCGGAAUCCAGAUACCGUGUCGGUAUCCGAGUUCGAAAAUGUGCGAACAAGAAUUGCCGCCACAGGCAUUGGGGGCGGCAGUCGCAGGUGGUGGAGCUGGAAGCUCCGGUGUUUGUUGGGCUGACGAAUCAGAUGGCGUGAUGGUCUCAGGAUUAAUUUUUUUUUUUUUUGCCUCUCUCUCUUUUUACUUGACAUUAGGCGACUUCUUUGCUUUAUUUUUCUUUUUCUUUUAA